AUGUGGGCAGGGCUGGGGCUAGUUCUGGCUCUCUGUCUCCUCCCAGGAGGAGGGACAGAGAUCCAGAACUGCAAGGAGCCCCCAGAAUGGCGUAUUGGGGAGGAGAACCCGAUGCUGAACUCUAGGGGCUCAGUGACGGUGGUGGCUCUCCUCCAAGCUAGCUGAUACUUGUGCCUGCUGCAGGCUUCCAGAUUGGAGGACCUGCGAGUGAAGUUAGAGAAUGAAGGACUGGUCAAUAUCUCGUAUGUGGUUGUCAACCAUCAGGGAACUUAUUCCCAGAGGAAAUUUCACCUACUGAAAGAAAGUGUUUCAGACUAUAUUUCUGUCUACCAGCAAGAUGAACAGCAAGCUGAUGUCUGGACUACCUUAAAUGGAAACAAAGAUGACUUUCUCAUCUAUGACAG